CAUUAUUAAUUAAUUAUGCUUGAAACUCCACCCUCAAACCUUAAAUAGUACUUUUUCUGAUACUGUUACAUGCAAAACUAAACAAAUGGAGAAAGAGAGUGGUGUAGGUGCAUCUAGAACAUCUCCUAUACAACUUAGUACGACUGAAACGGUAGGAGAGGAUCCGUUAGUAGGAGAAGGUACUAACAAAACAAGCAUGCUGCAUACUAUUGAGACGUUACUGCGUUUGCUUUCUGUUGGUCUAUGUGUAUCAGCGCUUCUCAUAAUGGUUAAGAAUUCUCAACAAAAUGAUUACACUUCUCUUUCAUACACUGACUUGGGAGCUUUCAGGUAUUUGGUGCAUGCCAAUGGAAUUUGCGCAGGUUACUCCCUACUUUCAGCGGUCAUAGUUGCUGUCCCCCGUUCCACUCUGCCUCCUGCUUGGACUUUCUUUUUCCUUGACCAGGUACUAACAUAUAUAAUGCUAAGCGCUGGAGCUUCGUCUGCGGAAGUGGUGUACCUAGCUGAAAAUGGAGACGAUGCAACUUUAUGGAUGUCAGCUUGUGAGCCUUUUGGUCGAUUUUGUCAUAAGGUGACAGCAUCAAUAACUAUCACAUUUGUAGCACUAAUUUGCUAUGUGCUUCUUUCACUCAUUUCGUCAUACAAGCUGUUCACCAAGUAUGAUGCUCCAGCCCCAACCAGCCCCACUGCAACUACAGGCAUUGACAACAUUAAUACUACUGCUUUUCAUGCCUGACACUUAUGUUGCUGUGUUAUAAUAUAUUAGUACUUAAUAACGCAUUAUCUAUGUUUAUUACUCAACAGAGAUAAGACCCAUAUUCCAUGCACUUGUGUUAUCACGCAGUAAUCAAUUUCAAUAGUUAAUUUAAUAUCAGACAGUUUAUAUUAUAUAUAUCA